CGAAGCUCAAGAUCCCCGGGCCCGGCGGGGCAGAAGCAGCGGCAGGCUGCCAUCUGGGCUGCCCCCCGUGCCAGCCAGCCGGACGGGCGCGCAAGCAAGCUCAAGAUUUAGAAGCCCAGUGCGGCAGAGGCUGCCCCCGUCCAAGCCGCACCCAAAACAGCACCAAAACAGCACAAAAACAGGAAACAGACGGAGCCAGCCCAGACCAUGCCGGACCGGUGCGCGAGCCCGGCGCUGGAGCCUGGAGCGCCGAUCCGGGCGCGCCAGGUACGGGACCGCUGCGCAGCAGAAAUAACUGAGGCGCCCCUCUCGGACGCCUCCUCCAAUAUGCGACGAACGGCCUCGGAGGAGUUCGCCCUCAACAGCGAGUACGUCCCGGUGCGGCGCGCCCAGACGAUGCCGGACCCGCCCUCCCCCCAAGAAAUACCUCUAAGAAUCCAACGGACGGAGCCAGUCUACCACAAGGCCCACUUCGAUAACUGGGAUCACCACGGCGGACUGGUCGACAACCUGGUACCCCUGGCGCGGCACGCGUUGAAAUACGGCGAGUUAGUGGCCUCGGCCGGAAGCCUGGUGGACGCAAAAACGGACGCGCUCGUGAACGCGGUGAAAGAGAGCUGCCUCGAGGGCGCCGGCGUGGACGCGGCGAUCUCACGAGCCGGCGGUGCGUUAUUAGCGGAGAAACGCCAGGCCUUGCCCAUCAUCAGCGGCGACACGCGCUGUCUUACGGGAGACGCCGUCGUCACCACAGGCGGGCCCUUUAAUUAUCUGAGGUGCGAAGCCAUCAUCCACGCGGUCGGUCCCAACUACAAGGAGAUGGACGAUGAUUUAUCCAGGGGCGACGAUCUGUUAAGGGACGCCUACCGAGCGUCGAUGCGGCGCGCCAAUGGACUCAAGUGCAAGACGGUCGCAUUUUCGCUGCUGUCGGCGGGCAACCGCCUCGGGAGACAGUCGUUGGAUAACGUGCUAAAAGUCGCGGUGAAGGCUAUCGGCGACAUGGCGUAUCCAGGUCUCCAACGGGUGCAUCUCGUCGCCCACAGCUCGACCGAGCAGGAGGCCCUUCAACGCGUCCUGCUAUCGCUGUCGACGGCCCGCGCCGUCGACGGUGCCUACGUCCCGCGCGCGACGUCCUCGCCGCCGCCGGGCGGCGCGACGUCCUCGCCGCCACCGGGCGGGCCUGCGUCGCCUGUGCCAAGCCGCUCGCCGCCGCAGCGGCAGUCGAGCCGCGCGAUUUUGGCGAACCGCGUCGUCAUGCUGCAGAGCGAGCCGUUGAACCCUGGGAUCGCCAAACUAAAUCUCGAGGGCGAGGCCAACAAGCUGCGGAAGGCGCUGCGCGAAGCCGCAGCUCACGCGAACAUUGACGUUGAGCUCCAGAUCCGCACCGCCACCGUGGACGCGUUCCAGUCGGCCGUGACGCUGGGGGCGCGUGUGGUGCAUUUUGCCGGCCACGGCCACGAAAAGUUUAUGAUGUUCGAAGACGACCACGGCGGCGCGCAAACAUUGGACCCGACGGUGCUGAGAAACCGGGUGUCGGCCUGUGGCGCGGAGACAUGCAAAUUGGUGGUGUUAAACUCGUGCAAGAGCGAAGAUGUUGGGCGAGCGUUCGUGGCCGCGGGCGUGGAACACGUGGUUGCCGUGGCGCAAAACCAGAACCAUGGCAGAAUUUCCGAUCGCGCGGGCAUAGAAUUCUGCCGGGCGUUCUACCGAUCUUUGGCUAAUAUGGACUCGUUACGCACAGCCUUCGACAUCGGUUGCGCCGCGGCGCAAAACACGCAGGGUUCCGACGGGCGCUUCAUACUGCUCCCGGAGGACCAACCCCACGACGAGCCCAUCUUCUCCGAGAUCCCCGGGUCGUUCCACGAAACGACGCGGCCGCCGCCGCCCUCGAACGCGCCGCCGCCGCCGACGUUCUACGUGGGCCGGGAUUCCGAGUUAUGGCUCUGCGUCGAGUCCAUCCUCAACCAUCGUCUCACGACGAUUGGUGGUGGAUACGGCUCGGGUAAGAGCGCUCUGGCGGCAAAAGCGGCGGCUCACGUUUCACAGCAUCAGAACUUCGACGCCGUCGUCUGGGUGAAAGUCACGACAAGGGACGGCUUCUUCCACCACGUGGCCGAGGCUGCGGCGCACGUCAUCCAGAAGGCGGCUCCCAUGCGCGCGGCGCUCGACCGGCGACUGAGCACGUACUCGUCGUCGCUGUCCACGAGGCGGCUGCGAUCUUCCACGGACGACGACGACUUCUCGCUGGACAGUAGGGAGGCACAGCGCAAACAGGAGCAGCACGAAGCGGCGGGGAUCUUCAAGCACGUGACAUAUUCGCGCCUCGACACCCAUGAGCUCGACACCUCCGCACUGGCGCAUUUGGCACACGCCGGGCCCACGCUCGUGGUCCUGAACGAUUUUGAACGACUCGUCGUCACGGCCGGCGACAAAGAACGAGCGAGAGAACACUGUCGACUGUUACUGCGGGGUUUACUGGAAUCGUGCUCGAACCUAAAAGUGCUUAUGACGUGCUCGUCGUUCUCGGGCAUCGGCCAGGUGCAUGGUGUCACGGAGCAAAUCAUCCCGCUGGGCCGGAUGACGGACGACCACACCGCCUUCCUGCUCCUGCAGCGGGAUCCCGAGCUCAAGCGCCGCGCCACGAACCCGAACAGGCUGCAACCGCCCCCAAUUGCCCCGCCCCACGUGGUGACCAUGUGCGCGUCGCAUCCGUUCAUUAAGCGUCUUAAGGGGCAGCCGUACGCGGUCGGCUUGGGGGUGGCUAUUCUGAACAAGCUGUUCGCGUAUGAAAGGAUGGCCAAGGAGGUGUGCGAAGGCGCAGGCGCGUCCGCGACGCCGCCGCCGUUGUCGCGGCUAGAACCGCUGGACCGCGCCUUGCGCGUGCUCGAUUUUCCGGAGGUGUUCGACCCGGACCUCCGGCGGCUCCGCGACGAGCUCAAAUACGUGGUCGAGCACGGGCGGGGGUAUCGGCCCGAGGCCGAGGUCGAGUGCCGCCCCCCUCCCGCGCAAGCGACGCCCUGGGACGUGGCCCGGAGCUGGUUCGGCUCGACGUCGCCUGCCGUGCCCGUGUCGCCCGCGACGCCAGCGUCGGCCUGGGACCUGGGCUGGUUUGGCUCGAGCGCGCAUCCGGCUCCCCCGGCUCCCCCGGCUCCCUCGGAUCCAAAGUCCCCCCAGCAGCGCCUCAGGGAGCUCAACGAGGUUCAAGAGUUCAUCACGCCGGCCGAGUACGAGCAGAAGAAACAGGAGAUCCUGGCCGCGAUAUAGUUUUAUUCCAUACUCCAUUUUUAAUAUUUACUACU